AUUUCCUCUCUGCCCACUGUCUCCACCGCUGCACCAGUGCAAUGCCUGAGCUGCAACAGUAGCACGCUAAUUUCUCCCAUUUUCACAACCCUUAAGUGGGGCGACCUGUCGUCUUUUUUACCCUCCUUUCUUUUCUUUUCUUAAGCAAACUGCAGCGUUUUUUCGGACAUGCCUAACAUCGUGCUUUUUAGCGGGAGCUCGCACCACGACCUGUCCCAGAAAGUGGCUGAUCGGCUGGGACUGGAUCUGGGGAAAGUGAUAACCAAGAAAUUCAGCAACCAGGAGACAUGUGUGGAAAUCGGGGAGAGCGUGCGCGGCGAGGACGUGUACAUCGUGCAGAGCGGUUGCGGCGAAAUCAACGACAACCUGAUGGAGCUGCUCAUCAUGAUUAACGCGUGUAAGAUCGCCUCCUCGUCCCGCGUUACCGCCGUCAUCCCUUGCUUUCCCUACGCCCGGCAGGACAAGAAGGACAAGAGUCGAGCACCCAUAUCAGCCAAGCUGGUGGCAAACAUGUUGUCUGUGGCCGGCGCCGACCACAUCAUCACCAUGGACCUCCAUGCCUCACAGAUCCAGGGCUUUUUCGACAUUGCUGUAGACAACCUUUACGCAGAGCCGGCCGUCCUGCAGUGGAUCAGAGAAAACAUUCCAGAGUGGAAAAACUGUAUCAUCGUGUCUCCAGACGCUGGCGGAGCAAAACGUGUGACGUCCAUCGCUGACCGACUGAACGUGGAGUUUGCCCUCAUCCACAAAGAAAGAAAGAAGGCCAACGAGGUGGACCGCAUGGUGCUGGUGGGCGACGUUAAGGACCGCGUGGCCAUUCUGGUGGACGACAUGGCCGACACCUGUGGCACCAUCUGCCACGCUGCCGACAAGCUGAUUGAUGCUGGCGCAAUAAAGGUCUACGCCAUCCUCACACACGGCAUCUUCUCCGGUCCAGCCAUCUCCCGCAUCAACAGCGCCCCAUUCGAGGCCGUGGUGGUGACCAACACCAUCCCACAGGAGGAGAAGAUGAAGGCGUGCCCAAAAAUACAGGUCAUCGACAUCUCCAUGAUCCUGGCGGAGGCGAUCAGGAGAACCCACAACGGCGAGUCAGUGUCCUACCUCUUCAGCCACGUACCCUUGUAAUGAACGAGAGACGGCGGCCCUUUUUCUCUCUUCCCUGUCGGGCCACUCGGCUGGCACUUCCUGCCACACAUCCUCGAGAAAGGCUUGAAUAAAAGGCCCGAUGGUUUUUGGCCAACCCCACGUGACUGUUUAAAGGUCACGCCCACACAUUGUCUUUGACAUUUUCACCCAGGAGACAGAGGGAAAUAUCACUUCUUUCCCUGAAGACCAAGUUUGUAUUUAUGACUAUCUUUUUUUUUCCUGUUUAUUCUUUUUUUUUUCUCAUGUAUUAGUUUUGGUCUUGCCAGCCUCGAUCACCCGAGGCCUGGCCUUCACAUCAACCAAAGGCUCCGUUAUGUGACUCUGUAUUAUUUGUACCUCAUAUUGAACUUACUUUAAAUAAAUCAUUCCACAGUGUUAAGUGAUUAGAAAUAUUUUGGCCCUUUCUGCUUCACAAAGUCAUAAAAAUAGUGAAAAAUAUGCACCUUCCCCCCCUUAAGUGUUGUGCUAACAGCUGCUGAAAGUAUUAAAAUAAUAGAGGCUAACCGUAAUGAGCUAAUGCUAUCUGGAUUGUAAUAGUUAAUGCUAAGUGCUGUUAUUGGAGCAGAGUUUAAGGCUGCACCACGAGUGGAAAUGUGUUGACACAGACAGGAGUAAAAUUAAAGAACACGCUUAUUUUACUUACUCUUUUUUUCUUGGUGAAUGUGCUGAUGCAUUUUACCUCUGCAGCGUCAUUCCUCCCACAGUAAGCUGCUGUCACCCAGUGGUGGCUCAUCUGUAUGACAACCUUCUCCUUCAGUAAUCGUGCUAAAAAAAGAAAAAAGAAAAAAAACCAACAACUAUGAAAUUAACUUUUCCAGCUCUCUGACGGGUCUGUCGUUGAGUCAGAGUGUUUAAUACGAGGUGUCCUUGGGUGCUUCACCCAUGUUUCAAAAGGUCAUUAAAAAAAUAAAUUGAGCCCAAAGCUUGUUAUAGUGUUUAAGAUUUCAACAAUAAUGAAAGUGGUUUAAUUGUUAUCAUGUUUCGAGUGAGGCACGUUUCACUUGUUGCCUGAAGAUGGAAAAAAAACGAUGGUGGAAAAGCGUGAUUUAAAUUUUUUUUAUAUGUAACACUUCAAGCUGUAUCUUUGAAAAUAAAGCUUUGACAAUGGCUUACA